CACACACAUUCCUGGUGGGAGUGAGCGAGCGAGCAAGCGCGGAGUCCAUCUCUCCUCACAUUGAACCUCGCUCGCCUUGCUCUCAGUUAUCCUGCGCACCACGCACCGUCAAGUUGACUCUCGCCAUGUGGGACCACAGGCGUGAAGUAGGUUUAAUGUGAAAAUAUAUCUCCGACUGCAGGUGAGAAAACUGUUUAUGCUGUGUUACUCCGCGCUGCCGAGAACUGUGGUGCCUCGGAUGCGCUUUAAACUGCUGCAUGAAUGCUUGGUCAUUAGACCUACCCCGGGAUUUCACGAACAUUGCGAAGGACGGCGAUGCGUUUGGUCCAGCAACGGUCACAUUGCGUGAUGGAAGUCUUCUGUAUUUUGCGUCUUGGGAUUUAAGGAGGGUCAAUGGAGAGCAGUGCGCUUUUGUGCGUCUUUUGAAAAAAAACGCAUCUUUUCUUGGGCUUGUGCAUGCCCGGGUUUGAGAUUUGCACAUUGAUGCUGGGUCUUUGGGCAUUUUUGAUGUAAAAAUGCUGAACAACAUUUUGCUGCUGAGUGUUUUAACGGUCACCAGUUUCCCUUCAAAGACAGAGAGCCGCAAAACUUCCAAAGACAUUUGCAAGAACCGGUGCUCCUGCGAAGAGAAGGAGAGCGCAUUAAACAUCAACUGUGAAAACAAGGGUUUCACCGCGGUCAGUCAGUUUCAGCCUCCGCAAAACAAAAUCAGCCAACUCUUUCUGAAUGGGAACUUUCUCACCAAGCUCAGUCCAAACGAAUUCUUCAAUUAUGGUAAUGUAACAUCUCUUCAUCUGGGUAAUAAUGGCUUGCAGGAAAUUAAGACGGGGGCAUUCAAUGGGUUAAAAAACUUGAAGCGUCUCCAUCUCAAUAAUAAUAAUUUGGAAAUCAUAAGGGAGGACACUUUUUUUGGUCUGGAAAGUUUGGAGUAUUUGCAAGCUGAUUACAAUUAUAUUAGUGCCAUAGAAGCGGGGGCGUUUAACAAACUGAAUAAACUCAAAGUGCUGAUACUCAACGACAACCUUUUGCUCUCUCUUCCUAAUAAUAUAUUCCGCUUUGUCAUGUUGACGCAUUUGGAUUUAAGGGGAAACCGACUAAAGACGUUGCCGUUUGCUGGUGUCCUAGAGCACAUAGGUGGAAUAAUGGAAAUUCAGUUGGAAGAGAAUCCGUGGAAUUGCACUUGUGACUUGAUACCCCUGAAAGCCUGGCUGGAUACAAUUUCGGUCUAUAUGGGGGAUAUCGUAUGCGAGACGCCAUUCAGGCUGCACGGUAAAGACGUCACGCAGUUGAUAAAGCAAGACCUUUGCCCUAGACGCAAUCCUGGAGACGCGAGUCACCGCGCAAUGCAGCCGCCGUCUGAUUCGCAAUACCAGGCUCCGUCUCCAACCCUACGUGCACGAGUCACACCGACAAGAGCCCCUAAGGCAUCCCGUCCCCCAAAAAUGAGAUACCGUCCCACUCCGCGCGUCACAUCCAGAGACAAACACGUAUUCGGGCCUAUAAUGGUGUACCAGACACGGUCACCGGUUCCAAUGACAUGUCCGAGCAUAUGCGUGUGCACCUCGCAAAAUCCGGAAAGUGGAUUAAACAUUAACUGUCAGGAACGCAAACUUCAGAAUAUCUCCGAACUCCAACCCAAACCAUCAUAUCCAAAGAAACUGCAUUUAACCGGUAACUAUUUGCAUACCAUAUACAGAACGGAUCUGACCGAGUACAGCUCCCUUGAGCUUCUGCACUUAGGAAAUAACAGAAUUGCAAUCAUUCAGGACGGCGCUUUCGAGAAUCUAACGAGCCUUCGAAGGCUUUAUCUCAAUGGCAACUACAUUGAAAGUCUGUCUCAGUCUUUAUUCGCUGGGCUGCAAAGCUUGCAAUAUCUCUACCUGGAAUAUAACAUCAUUAAAGAGAUUUUACCCCUUACCUUCAACUCGUUGCACAAUCUGCAGCUAUUGUUUCUUAAUAAUAACCUACUGAGAUCACUUCCCGAUAAUGUGUUUGGUGGAACCAUGCUGACGAGGCUUAAUCUUAGAAACAAUCAUUUCUCUCAUCUCCCAGUGCGCGGGGUGCUCGACCAGCUCUCCGCCUUCAUUCAAAUCGAUCUCCAGGAGAAUCCGUGGGACUGCACUUGUGACAUCGUCGAGCUCAAGAACUGGAUGGAGCUGUCCAGCACCAGCGUGGUGGUGAAUGAAAUUACGUGCGAUUCACCAUCCAAGCACGCCGGCCGGCUUUUGCGCUCCCUACGAAACGACGCCAUUUGCCCUGAAAACGAUGAAGCCAUCCCUGUGACUAAAACUCCCACUGUAGUGAGCUCGAGUACAGAAGCGACCCCUUCUCCUGCCGUAACGCCAACUGACAGAGUGCCCGAGAUGCCCCCGGAUGUGCCAUUGUCCGUUCUGAUCUUGGGCCUGCUCGUUGUUUUCAUUCUGUCCGUGUGCUUCGGGGCGGGAUUGUUCGUGUUCGUCCUCAAACGUCGCAAGGGAGUUGAGAGCGUCCCAUCGGGAGCCAACAACCAUUUGGACUUGAACUCCUUCCAAGUACAGUACGGCUCUUACCACGUAGACGCCAGCGCUGAUAAAACCGAAAACCAUGUGUAUAACUACAUCCCUCCGCCCGUGGGUCAAAUGUGUCAGAACCCCAUCUACAUGCAGAAGGAGAGCGAGCAGGUUGCGUAUUACCGGAACCUGAAGGAGCUGAGCUUCAACACACUUGACCCCAAGAAAGAGGAACUUGAUCGCAGCCCGGCUUUCACCAUAAGCACAGUGGAGUUCAUUGAUAAGCAGCCGUGCGCAAACCGCGAACCGGAACUGCUUUACCAGAACAUUGUGGAGAGAGCGAAGGAUCUGCCCCAAUCCGGGCCGCUCAGCUAUAACUUUUGCACUUUACCCAAAAAAUCCUUCAUUGCACCAUACGACACAACCCGGCGGCUUAACCAGGAUCGAUUAAACAAAACUGUUCUCUACGGGACCCCGAGGAAAUAUGCUGCACAGUCCAAAAGCGAGCACCCUUUGCUAUCCAACAAACUUAAAACCGAGCCGGACUACCUCGAAGUUCUGGAGAAACAAACUGCGAUGAGUCAGUUGUAAGACGUAGUCCCUGUAGGCCUGUAUCAUGUGUGUAUUCAACCACAAGAGACGAUAUGAAACAUCACAAACCUAAGCCUUCCGUAUUCUCAUAGAGGCUGUACACAUCCCCGCAAUUUAAAGAUAUAUUAUUUUCUCUAAGGUUUAAAUUAUUUCUUCUACUUGAAACGUAAAGACUGUAGCAGUUGUCGCAAGAAUAUGUAUAUCUUACAGCUUCAUGCUUUUUGUGAUAUGAAAUCUAUUUUCUCUCAGACGACAGGGUUGUUGAAUGACAUUCCUGUACAUCAUGUUGGAUGGUGAGUGCAACACAAAAUCCUGGUUCCAGAAGUGCCUUUGCACUUAAAGAAUUUUAUCUCUGCUUUCUGCUAAUCGAAUUUUUAUAAGUGCUGUAUUUUAAGACUCUUUAUGUAAAAUAUAAUUAUUUGUCCAUUGCAUUAA